AAUUGAAGACAUAUUGUAUAAAAUUAUUAAUUUCAAUGUACCCAAAAUUCCAUCCUAAAAUUUGUGCUAUAUUCCUUGUGAAAGUCAAAUGAAAACAGCUUGACUGAAAACAUUUUUUUUGCUGUGGAUUGAUCGGCAUAGUUAAUUACCAGGAAUUGCAACUGAUAAAGGCAGCUUUAUUCCCAUUUAAUGAUUAACGCCAGCUGCAAGGGGUUCAGUAACCAAGUUACCGUCUCGCAAAAUGAGCAGUUUUCUCGCAUCGAUUUCCAUUUACAUUUGCAUCUGCGUCUGCCUGAGUCUCCAGAAUGAAGUGGUCGCCAACUUCAUGAUCCCGAAUUGCGGAGUAUCCUAUGAGUCCCAUGUGGCUACUAGAAUAGUUCGCGGCAAGGAAGCUCUAUUAAAAUCGGCUCCAUUCAUGGCCUAUUUGUACAACGGCUCGCAGCUCCACUGUGGCGGAACGAUCAUCUCCAAUAGGUACAUUCUAACGGCUGCUCACUGUAUGAGACCCUAUCUAAAGGUGCGACUGGGGGAGCAUGAUAUUACCAGAAACCCCGACUGUCAGGCCGGCGUGUCUUGCUCCCCAUCUGUCGAAGAAUUCUACAUCGAUUUGGCAACCAAGUCCAAGAACUUCGGUCGCCACCUGGUUAAUGAUAUUGCUCUGCUCAAGCUGAGCAGGAUCAUUCGAUUCAAUGGUCUGUAUGGAUUAAUUAUCACAGUUCGCUUAGAUAGCGAUAUGAAAAUAGAAUCAUCUUGCUUCUCAGUCCACAUACAACCGAUCUGCCUGCUUCUUAAUCCGGCUGCAGCGCCCAAUGUGCAAGAGUUCCAGGCCUUCGGAUGGGGCCAAACCGAAAACAAUCGCUCCGCCAAUGUGCUCCAGACCACGUUUCUCACCCGCUACGACAACAACUACUGCAGAUCGGCGCUGCAUGUGCCCAUGACGGAUAAUCAGCUGUGCGUCGGCUUUCAGGGAUCGGACACCUGCUCCGGCGACUCCGGCGGACCUUUGGUGACCAAGGUGAAGUACGACGGAGUUUGGCGUUCAGUGCAGCUGGGCAUCGUGAGCUUCGGCGAGAAUAAGUGCCAAAGCCCUGGAGUGUAUACUUAUGUUCCAAACUACAUUAGAUGGAUCCAAUCUGUCAUGCAGGCGAAUGGCUAUUGAUUAAACUACUCUAAAACUGUAUAAAAGUGAACGAUACAUAAAGCAAAAGUAGUCAGUUU